CAGCUGGGAAUGGUAGUCCGCGACAAAGCGGAUGCGCCUCCUGAUGGCGUCAUCGUCUCCGCGCCGGAAGUCUCAAUGUGCUGAGUUGGUGGAGGGUUCUUCGCUCGCUUGUUGAGGAGAGCUCAUUAUGGCGCCAAAGGGAAAGGUGGGAACCAAAGGUAAAAAGCAGAUAUUUGAAGAAAACAAAGACACGCUCAAGUUCUACCUACGGAUCAUUCUAGGCGCUAAUGCCAUUUAUGGAAUUGUAAACUUUGCAAUUUUCUAUGUAUCGGCCACUUUCUGGACAUGGAUUGCAUUUGUGUUCAGCUUGAUUGUCUAUGUGGCCAGUUACCGCUCCAUGAGCUCCAUGGCGAAGGCUACUUUUGCGGAGGAUGGCAGUCUUGCUGACGGCGGCGUUGACCUGAAUAUGGAGCAGGGGAUGGCAGAGCAUCUGAAGGAUGUGAUCUUGCUCACGGCCAUAGUCCAAGUCCUCAGUUGUUUUUCCCUCUAUGUGUGGUACUUUUGGCUCUUGGCUCCAGGGCGAGCACUCUACCUCCUAUGGGUUAACAUCUUGGGACCGUGGCUGACCACAGAUUCUUCAGCCACCAACCAGGAGCCCAAUGAGAAGAAGCAGCGUCGCCAAGAACGCCGACAGAUGAAGCGUUUCUAGCAGAGCUUAAGAGUGUGGAUAUUGUGCAACGUUUAGUCUCCAUGUGGCUGUUUAUCAGGGAUGUUUUUUUUAAUCUGGUCAAAAAACAUCAGGGGCUUCUUCUUUCCCCAAAAGGCACCCCUAUACUGUAUAUCAUCUUUUGCUCAAGACCUAAUUUCUUUGACGGCCGCAUCAACAAGCAAAUACUAGGCCUUCCUUUAUUUUUGACAAGGGGCAUGGACUCCGGGAGACCAAAGGUGUGUAAAUAUCUAUUUGAAAAGGUGAUAUAAUAUGAAUCUGAGAUUGGAAGUACUGGGGGUUUGAGAAAAUGACAUUAAAAACAACAAAUCUACAGAA